GUUUUGAGGGGGUUAGUCAAGACAAUAUAGUUUAGUACCAUUUAUCACAAUUACAAUCUCGAUGUUGCUUCCACGGCUUAUGUCGAAAUGGGUUUGGACGGCACACAGCCCCACUCUAAGCCCUUUGGACAGGCAGGGAUAAACUCCCUCCAAACCCCCUCGCAGGAGUUCCUUCUGCUAGGUUGGCUAGCAGGGCACUACAAAUGAAUAGCCAAUUGAGACUUGUCAGAGCACAGCAACAAAGCCCCUAUAAAAAGCUAUCAACGUCGGGCCGGGUUAAGGCGUCCGCCCUGAUAACAUCCAGCACGGCACACUUCUUUAAUUACCCCAUCGUACGAUAUGUCGUGUUCCUCCCCCUCCUCCGGUUUGCUUCGAUUUGAUCCUGCAAGGGCUUACUGUCCCUUUAACGGUCUUCCCGCUUCCCCCCCGCAGACCCUGGACCGGUUACCACUCACCAACCCGGAGCACUUCGGCACGCCCGUCAUCGGCAAGAAGGGCAACCGCGGCCGACGCUCCAACCCUGUUCAAGAAGAACAGUCGUCCUCUUCGUCCAGCGAGGAGGAGGAGAACGAGCAGCAGCAGAAUGAAGAGCUGUUUGGCAAAGUGGUGUGUGUGGAGGGAGCGACCGCUGGUGACAAGAAGAAGACCACGUGGUACCCAGCACUGGUUAUCUCCCCGGACUGCCAUGAAGACAUGAAUGUGAAGAAGGACAACAUCUUUGUCCGCUCCUUCAAGGAUGGCAAAUUUUGCAUGGUGUUACGGAAGGACGUGCGGGAGAUGAACUGUGACUCGCCCCCGAAGGCUGACGCGGGGCUCAAACCAGCACUGGACGCGGCGCUGGAGUUCCAGCGGCGGCAGGUGGUGCCCAGCUCCUGGCGGACGGAGGUGAAGGAGGAGAGCUCCAGCAGCGAAGACGAGGAGGACGAGGAGGAGGAGGAGGAGCAGGAGGAGGACGCCAGCAGUGAGGAGGAGGAGGAGGAAGUAGAGCCGUUCCCUGGGGAGAGGGAGAACUUCCUGCAGCAGCUCUACAAGUUCAUGGAGGACCGAGGAACGCCCAUCAACAAGAGGCCUGUGCUGGGCUAUAGAAACCUGAACCUCUUCAAGCUCUACCGACUGGUGCACAAACUGGGAGGCUUCGACAGCAUUGAGAGCGGCUCGGUCUGGAAGCAGGUCUAUCAGGAUCUGGGCAUCCCUGUGCUGAAUUCAGCCGCAGGCUACAACGUCAAAUGCGCCUACCGCAAAUACCUGAACGGGUUCGAGGAGUACUGCACCUCCACCGCUAUCACCUUCCGCAUGGACCUGCCCCUGAAGCAGCCCAAGGCGGAGGGCAAGACGGAGGCAGAGGUGGGGCCCGCCGCCCCCCCGGCCUCCAGCCCCGUGAAGGAGCCCACGCCCGAGCAGGAGUCCAGGGGCCCGCAGCCCGCCCCCUGCAAGGAGGAGAAGUCUGAGUCGGGCCGGUACAAAACGGAACCGGAGUCGACGAAGACGGACCGGAAGUCCCUGGGGAACUCCACCUUGGACACCAACGACGCUGCGGCCGAGGACGACGACGGUGACGACAAUGAAGACGAAGAUGAGGAAGAGUCGCGUCUGGGAGACGCGGAGGAGGGCCCGUCGGGGUCGCGGUCGGAGGGGGAGGUCAGCGUGAAGCUGGAGCCCGCGGAGCAGCAGGGACACAAGGAGAAUACUGGGGAUGUCAGCAGUCAGGAGGGGGAGGAGGAAGGGGAGGAGUUUGAGUGUUACCCCCCGGGGAUGAAGGUGCAGGUGAGGUAUGGGCGAGGCCGCAAUCUGAAGACGUACGAGGCCACUGUGAAAGAGGCAGACGUGGAGGGGGGCGAGGUGCUCUACCUGGUGCACUACUGUGGCUGGAACAUCAGAUAUGAUGAGUGGGUAAAAGCAGACAAGAUUAUCCGGCCUGCCAAUAAGAAUGUACCAAAAAUCAAACAUCGCAAAAAAAUAAAGAACAAAUCGGAUGUGGACCACAACCGACUGGAGAGGCUCCGGGAGAGAGAGGACCUGGGCCCCUCCCCCAACAACAACCGCAUCCCUCCCUCGCCUCGGUCCGGCUCCGGCCCCGACGCCUUUUACAAGAUGGAUGACGCCUCCGAGCGGUCGACAGACGACAGCGAGCGAGAGGACGAGGAGGGAGACGAGGGGAACGAAGACGACCGGCCGGGCUACCGCCGGGGCCAGCGGAGAGGCCCGUCGGACCCCCACAAGCCAUCGGAGCGCUGGGAGAGCGGGAGUCUGUCGGAAGAGGCCAAGCCUCCGUCGCUGUCCGGGAAGAACCACGACCCCGUCAGCCCGGACGGUUCAGACGGGAAGGAGGGGAAGAGGCGCAGCCAGCCGGACCCGGAGGGCGAGAAGGCCACCAGGAAGAGGAAAUCGGAGGGAUCCCUGAAGAGCCCGACCAAAGCCAAGACCAGGAACACCCGGAGCGCCGACUGGCUCCCGGGCGGCUCCCCCAGGAAGGAGGAGAGAGGGGGAGACUGCGCCGCCGACGAGAGGCGAGCCUCGUCCGACAGCAGCUCCGACGACGACGGAGCGGGGAACUCGGAGUCGCGCGCGGAGGACGGCGAGCGCGGCCAGACGACGAAGACCAAAGGCUCGCCCUCCAAGAAGUACAACGGGACGAAGGAGAAGACCAAAGCGGCCGCCCGACCCACGGCCUUCUGGGACAUUCCCGAGAAGAGGGCCAAGGCGUCGGCGGGCGCGGAGGAGAAGCCGGCCGUGCGCACCAAGGGCCAGAAGGACGUGUGGUCCAGCAUCCAGGCCCAGUGGCCCAAGAAGACGCUGAAGGAGCUGUUCUCCGACUCGGACACGGAGGCGGCCAACUCGCCGCCCCCUCCGCCCGACCCGACGCGGCCGUCGGAGGAAGAGCCCAGAGAAGAGGACGAGUACGAGGAGGAGGAGGAGGAGCGGCGGCGGAGGCAGCGGCGAGACAGCUGCCCCGGAGACGAGCCCUCAGAGGAGCCCACGGACCGCGACAAACUGCAGCGGGAGUUCCCCAGCAGCGGGAGCGACUCGGUGCUCAACACGCCGCCCACCACGCCCGAGUCCCCCUCGGCGGCCCUGGGCCUUCCGUCGGAGGACCCGGGCCAGGUGCGGGCCCCGUCUCCUCCCCCCGCCGAGGACCCCGCCCUGCCUUCGGAGUCCACCUCCUCCUCCUCCUCUGCCGCCGCCGCCGCCGCUGCUCUGCCGCCACCGGCACCCGCGCCCACGGAGGAGGCGACGGGGGGGCGCAGCGAGACGGACAGCAGCACGGUGGAGGUGGAGAGCCUGGGCGGGGAGCUCCAGGACCUGGCCCAGGAGGACGGGGCCGGCUCCCCCACCAAGGCCUUCCAGGCCAGCCCCUCCUGCCACAGCGACUGCAGCCUGGAGCUGAGCAGCAGCAGCCAGCAGGACAGCGAGCAGAAACCCAAAGGUUUGACUGGGAGUCAGAAGCGGCAGAAGGAGGCGCCGGUUAUGGUCCCCGCGAAGAAACCGAAGAUAAACCGCAAGAGCUUCGGAGUGCCUCCCAAGAAGAACAGGAAAGCAGCCCACAGCAGCGACAGCGAGGACCAGACCCUGGCGGAGGGCGUGUCCAAGCCCCCCGCCCUGAAGAGCCUCGCUCACCCGGAGCUGAAGGCGGCCGCCGUCUCCCCCAAGUGUCCCGGGAGGACCCCCCCGUCCAGCCAUAAGUACCAGAAGCCCGGGGAGCCGGACCACCUGCACCACCGGGACCACCACGGACGUUCGCCCCGCGUCUACAAGUGGAGCUUCCAGAUGUGUACGUCCAUGAUGGCGGACCUGGAGAAGAUGAACAGCCUGGAGCGCAUCUCCUUCCUGCAGGAGAAGCUGCAGGACAUCAGGAACCACUACCUCUCCCUCAAGUCUGAGGUCGCCUCCAUCGACCGCCGCCGGAAGCGCAUGAAGAAGAAAGAGCGGGAAAGCACGGUGGCGGCGUCUUCGUCGUCGUCGUCGUCGUCGUCGUCGUCGCCGUCCUCCAGCUCGCUGACGGCGGCGGUCAUGCUCACGCUGGCCGACCCGCCCGUGUCCUCCUCCUCCUCCUCGCAGAACUCUGGGGUUUCCGUGGAGUGCAGCUCCUCCUGGUGCUCGCCAUCUGCUGUGCAGGAGCCCAGGGCAGCCUUGCCUGCCAGCGCCGGCGAUGUGUCACCCUGCCUCACGUUUCUCCUCUGUCAUUUCUAAGGGCCUCCAUGCGAUGGUUCAACCAUAAAGGGUUAUAGCGGUGGUGAUCGUCGCCCCGGUUACUGGAGCGCCGUCCUGUGUGUUUGCAUCGAGGUAAUGGGCCGUGGUGAAGGAUAGGGUUUCAGUUCAUUGUGUAUCCGCUGACACCACUGUGGAUGGAGGGAAUAUGGAAUGACACUGUAGUGCCUUUUGUGUUUUUCUCUGCAGGAGGCACUUUGGGAAAGGACAGCGCUUUUUAUUUUUUAUUUUCCUCUCUGGUCCUGCUCUCAAACAAUGUAAAAUGUCGCUGAGAAUGUCCCUCUGAUAAAAAAAAGAUUAAAAAAAAAAGACUGAAUAUUGUGUGAUUGAGGACGCGGGGCAGUGAGGGUAGCCGCGAGCCCGACAGUGACCGGAUGGUUUUUAAAUCGCAGCCUAUCGUUAAUUUUAAGAUGUUUGAUUGUAAGAGAUGAAGCUGAACUAUACUGGAACACCGGUAAUCAACUACUGAAUGCUCGGGCGGCCUAGAAAGGCUUUGGCCUUCCCCUUUUCUGGAACACUGUGUUCUCUUUUAAAGCCCCCACACCCCCAAACUACAAUUCUACUUCCUGUUUCCUGUUUCCUCCAAAAACCGCAUUAACGUAAACGGCAUUCACAUUUAAUUCAGAUGAGAUACUUCCUGUUUCCUCCAAAAACCGCAUUAACGUAAACGGCAUUCACAUUAAAUUCAGAUGCUUAAUUUGUCGGAGGUGUGGUGUCCGAUUUCUUUGUGUAUGGUGUUGGAUCACCUCUCGCACUCACCUUCUUGCAAGUUGCAGUUCAACAAGCAGUAGCUUGGAUAAUCACUUUUUUAAUGUUGUGAUGUCCAGAAAGUAUGUAUUUAUAAAAAGGAAGGACGAGAUUAACGGUGUCGAGGAUUGGCAUAGCACAACAACAACAUGAAAUCAAGAAGGAAAUACUUUAGGUUAACUGGAAAACGGCAAUCUCCUUGCAUAUUUAAUCACCCAAUGAAUUGUUAAUCAUUGUUAUCCACUGCCCUCACAUGUUGCUGAUGAAUUCAAUUAAAGGCAACCACAGUAUGUGUUUACAACAGUCCCGUAUCAAUUAACAUCGAAUGGUAGUAUUGGCAUCCAUAUCCAAUUUGGAUCAAGACCCAGCAACGACAGGCCCAAUCACAUCAUCUUUAUUUUGUUCCUCCUUUGUUCAUGCCUACCAAAAAAGUUGUUUAUUUUUAUUUUGCCGAGAUAGGACUAAUGGUAAAGGUAUUGUAAAUGUACAUUUAUAUCAUAAAGUGAUGUGUGUUUCAGACGACAUAUCCAGUGUUUCCACUGUAUAAACCCCCACUGUAUGAUAACCCGAAGCUAUGUUUUUGUUUGGCACUUGUAAUUGUAUGCUUUUGUUAUACAUUUGUAUAUUGAGAAGAGUGUUUUGAGUCAAGCUAUUUAAUAUCUUGCACUGUUAAUAACAUGUACUUUUCUGUACAGACAGUUUUGCGGUUUUAACUGUAGUUUUGAGUGUAAAUACUAAGAGUUAAAGCAUGUCUGCUCCCCCUACCGACCCAAUCGUCCUCAGUCUCGUUAUUUCGUAGAAAAUGAUUUAUUUGAUAUCAUUUUUUGUUCUUCUGUUGCUUUCCGUAAUUUCAACUACAUUGUUCUGUUUGUCGUUUUUUGUUUUUUUUCCUGUUACAAAUGUAUGUUUGGGAAUUGUUUAUAUUUUAUCUUGUUUUUUGUUAGCUGCCUCGUGCUUGACAGAAGAAUCGUGGUUUAGGAGGCGGCCGUUUUCCAGUAUGUACACGGGCUGGCGCUGAUGCUGAUGCUUUUUAGACCUGUAAGGAAAAUGGUAUGGACCAUAGAAUAAGAGAAAGAGGUGGGGCUCAUUGAAAAACCAAGCUCUGUAGUAUUUAUUAGGCUCAUCUUACGAUGGUCAUUGUGUAAUUUAUUGUACAAAUGUAAUCAAACGGAAGCCUCUGUUUGAAAUAAAUGCCAUAGUUUGUGAAGUA